ACACAUAUACGUCUAAAAGCAACCUGCCUACUGCCCUGACCUCUUUUGGUUUUGUAACUAUAAAGUCCCAGAGGGCGUUAGCCCAACAAGUUUCAGUCACAAGGACACAAUAUCAGAAUUUGGCAUUUUCUUCCCAAACUUGAGCCAUUUAGAAUUCAGAUGGGUGAGUUUCAUCGCAACCUUUCGGCUUCAAUGAGAAAGCAAUGGUUUCCUUGGCUCUUGAAUGUAGGGAUGAUCAUGGGGUUAUUCAUGUUUGCCAAUGUAACGUGUGAUCAGGAUCAUGAAAUUGGGGAUCCUCCAACUGGCGCACCAUGUAUCAGUGAAUGUGCAACAUGUCCUGUCAUAUGUUCACCACCAUCUCCGCAGCUACAGUCACAUCCACCACCAGCAUCUUCAGUGCACCACUCACUGCCACCACCAAAGCCAACACCAUCAUCACCAGAUCAUUCACGACCACGGCCACCAACAUCCACACCACUACCAUCUCCACCAGCAGCAUUGCCGCCAAAGGCUUCUUCAAAUUCUUUAGGGGGAUCGCCUUCACCUCCUUUUAUUUACUUCAACAAUAUGCCUCCUUCAGAUCCCGGACAUGUACCACCCAUGGUUGGAGCAUACGGUUACUCCUAUCCUUACUACUAUUACGCCUCCAUGGCUUCGACCUCUCUUUCAGUACUCGAUGCUUCCUUCUUCUUAAUCAUGCUUCUUGUCUUCCAUUUCGUGAUUUCUUGCUGUAUGUGAAACCGACGGCCAGGAUCAUGUAAAAACGUACAUACCACGUCACGUCGGUGGGACCCUUUGUCGUCAACGCUGACAUGGCCAUAAUUGGCCCUUUGAACUCACGCCUCAUCCCACACGGGAUCCAGAUCCG